AUGACUGGUAACAGAGAUGACCAGGUGGUGCUGCAGUGCACUGCCACUGUCCUGAAGGAGCAGAUCAAACUGUGUCUGGCCUGUGAGGGCUUCGGCAAUCGACUAUGUUACCUGGAGACCACGUCCAACGCUCAGAACUGUCCACCAGAUCUGGCUAUCUGUGCCUUCGUCCUGGAACAGUCCCUGUCAGUACGCGCCCUGCAGGAGAUGCUGGCUAACACCGUGGACAUGAGUGAGGCAGUGGAUUUGGACAAAUGGUCUUCCCAAGGAGGAGGCCACCGCACCCUGCUGUACGGCCAUGCUAUCCUGCUCAGACACUACCACUCUAGCAUGUAUCUGAGCUGCCUGACGACGUCUCGGUCGCUAACAGACAAGCUGUCCUUCGAUGUUGGCCUGCAAGAAGACUGCGUAGGCGAGGCGUGUUGGUGGACGAUUCACCCAGCGUCCAAACAGAGGUCAGAGGGAGAGAAGGUCAGGGUGGGAGAUGACCUUAUCCUGGUCAGCGUCUCCUCAGAGAGAUACCUUCAUCUGUCCUAUGCCAGUGGUGAUCUGAUGGUGGAUGCGUCCUUCAUGCAGACUCUAUGGAACAUGAACCCUGUGUGUUCUGGCUGCGAGCUGGCUGAGGGCUUCCUGGCCGGUGGUCAAGUCCUCAGACUGUUCCACGGUCACAUGGAUGAGUGUCUGGCCAUCUCUAUGCCUGACGACGGGGACGACAAACGCAGCACCGCCCACUAUGAAGGAGGAGCCGUGUGUAGCCAGGCCCGUUCGUUAUGGAGACUGGAGCCUCUGAGAAUCAGCUGGAGCGGCAGCCACAUGAAGUGUGGCCAGUCGUUCCGUGUGCGCCACAUCACCACGGGCCGCUACCUCUGUCUGGACGAGGAGAAGGGCCUAAUGGUCCUCGACCCUGAGAGGGCCAACACCAAACUGUCUGCCUUUAGCUUCCGCGUGUCAAAGGAGAAGGUGGAACAGGUCCGUAAGCGAGACGUGGAGGGAAUGGGCAUCCCAGAGAUCAAGUAUGGAGAGUCCAUGUGUUUUGUCCAGCACGUGUCCACCAGCCUGUGGCUUACCUACGCCUCCCUGGACGCUAAGGCUGCUCGCCUGGGGACCAUGAAGAGGAAGGCCAUUCUGCACCAGGAGGGUCACAUGGACGAUGCCCUGUCUGUGGCCCGGUCCCAGACAGAGGAGUCUCAGGCGGCUAGGAUGAUCUUUAGCACCACAGGACUCUUCAGGCAGUUCAUCAAGGGUCUGGACUCCCUGCAGGGGAAGAAUAAGUCCCCUGCCCCCUUGUCUCUACCCCUGGACGGGGUCGUCCUCUCCCUCCAGGACCUCAUCUUCUACUUCCGUCCCCCCGAAGACGAGCUGGAACACGAGGAGAAACAGACAAAGCUGCGCUCCCUCAGAAACCGACAGAACCUCUUCCAAGAGGAGGGUAUGAUCACCAUCGUGCUAGAGUGUAUCGACCGUCUGAACGUUUAUAACACUGCUGCUCACUUCUCUGAGUUCGCUGGAGAGGAGGCCGCUGAGUCCUGGAAGGAGAUUGUCAACUUGCUCUAUGAGCUGCUGGCCUCUCUGAUCAGGGGGAACCGCUCUAACUGCGCGCUGUUCUGUGAUAACCUGGACUGGCUGGUCAGCAAACUGGACCGGCUGGAGGCAUCUUCAGGUAUCUUGGAGGUGCUGCACUGUGUCCUGAUUGAGAGUCCAGAGGUUCUGAACAUCAUUCAGGAGAACCACAUCAAAUCCAUCAUCUCUUUGCUGGACAAACAUGGCAGAAACCACAAGGUGUUGGACGUCCUCCGGUCUCUUUGUGUGUGUAACGGUGUCGCUGUAAGGUCCAAUCAGAACCUCAUCACAGAGAAUCUAUUUCCAGGUCGCGAUCUCCUAUUGCAGACUAACAUCGUCAACUACGUAACCAGUGUGAGGCCCAACAUCUUCCUGGGAACCUGCGAAGGCUCUACUCAGUAUAAGAAGUGGUACUUUGAGAUGAUGGUAGACUACGUUGAGCCUUUCGUGACAGCCACACCCUCUCACCUGCGUGUGGGCUGGGCCCUGACAGAGGGGUAUUCCCCUUAUCCUGGGGGCGGAGAGGGCUGGGGGGGCAACGGGGUGGGGGAUGACCUCUACUCAUACGGCUUCGACGGACUGAACCUGUGGUCGGGUCACGUCCCCCGCCAGGUGGCAUCGCCCAAUCAGCAUGCCCUAGCAGCUGAUGAUGUUGUGUCGUGCUGUCUGGAUCUGAGCGUGCCCAGUAUCUCGUUCCGGGUCAACGGCCACCCGGUCCAGGGCAUGUUCGAGAACUUCAACGUAGAUGGACUGUUCUUCCCCGUCAUCAGCUUCUCUGCUGGAGUCAAAGCUCGUUUACUGUUGGGUGGUCGCCAUGGAGACUUUAAGUUCCUUCCCCCCCCAGGCUAUGCCCCGUGCUACGAGGCUCUGCUACCCAAGGACAGGAUGAGGAUCGAACCCAUCAAGGAGUACAAACACGACUUUGACGGAGUCCGAAACUUGCUGGGGCCAACCCAGUCCCUCACACACACCUCCUUUACCCCUAAUCCCGUAGACACUGCUCAGAUCGUGUUGCCGCCCCACCUGGAGAAGAUCAGGGAGAAGCUGGCAGAGAACAUCCACUCGCUGUGGGCCAUCAUGCGCAUCGAGCAGGGCUGGACUUAUGGAAUAUUCAGAGACGACAACAAGAAGCUGCAUCCCUGUCUGGUAGACUUCCAGACCCUUCCUGAACCUGAGAGGAACUACAAUCUGCAGAUGUCUGGGGAAACACUUAAGACCCUGCUGGCCCUGGGCUGCCAUGUGGGCAUGGGGGAUGAGAAGGCAGAGGAGAACCUGAAGAUCAUCAAAAUGCCAAAGACCUAUAUAAUGAGCAAUGGAUUUAAGCCCGCCCCCCUGGACCUGAGCCACGUCAAGCUGACGCCCAAUCAGAACCAGCUGGUGGAGAAGCUGGCAGAGAACGGUCACAAUGUGUGGGCACGGGACCGCGUGCGCCAGGGAUGGACGUACAGCAUUGUGCAGGACAUCAUGAACAAGCGUAACCCACGUCUGGUUCCUUAUAACCUGCUGGAUGAGAGAACCAAGAAGACCAACCGAGACAGCGUCAACAACGCUGUACGCACUCUCAUUGGCUACGGAUACAACAUCGAGCCUCCAGACCAGGAGAGCACUGGCCUUGGCCUGGAUGACGUGCGUGGGGAUAAGGUGCGCAUCUUCCGUGCUGAGAAGUCCUACGCGGUCACGUCUGGGAAGUGGUACUUUGAAUUUGAGGCGGUGACGACCGAAGAGAUGAGAGUGGGCUGGGCCCGACCGAAUGUCAGAGCUGACAAUGAGCUGGGAGCAGACGAGCUGGCCUGGGUCUUCAACGGAAAAACGGCCCAGCGCUGGCACGUGGGCAAUGACCCGUUUGGUCGCCAGUGGCAGUCAGGUGACGUGGUGGGGUGUAUGAUCGACCUGACCGAACAGAACAUUAUGUUCACCCUGAACGGAGAGAUGCUCAUCAGCGACUCUGGCUCCGACAUGGCUUUCAAGGACAUAGAGAUAGGAGAAGGCUUCAUCCCAGUGUGUACCCUGGGCCUGUCUCAGGUGGGCAGGAUCAACCUGGGUCAGAACGUCAGCAGUCUGCGCUACUUCGCCAUCUGUGGUCUCCAGGAGGGCUUCGAACCAUUUGCCAUCAACAUGAAGAGAGACAUUACCAUGUGGUUCAGCAAGAGCCUGCCACAGUUCGCCCCUGUGCCAACUAACCACCAACACAUUGAGGUGUCCCGUGUGGACGGGACGGUGGACAGCGCUCCCUGCCUGAAGCUAACCCACAAGACGUUUGGCUCCCAGAAUGCUAACACUGACAUGCUGUUCCUCCGCCUGAGCAUGCCCGUGGAGUUUGACGAGGUCUUCAAGAUCACAGCCGGGACUACGCCCCUGACCCGCACAAUGACCAUCCACGAGGACGAGGUUCUGGAGGUGGAGCCGGACUCGGAGUUUGAGGUUCUGAAGAAGUCGGCCAGUAAGAAGGAGCAGGAAGAGAAGGAAAAGGAACCGUCUGUCGCCAAGGAGACGCCCGAGAUAGAGAAGGACGCGAUGUCAGAGAAGGGCAAGAAGAGAGGGUUGUUUGCCAGGGCUAAGAAGGCAGCUACAAUCAACCCUCCCCCAACCCCUCCCUUGGUGCCACGGUUACAGCAGGACGUGGUCCCAGAUGACAGAGAUGAUGUGGAGAUUAUCCAGAACACCACCACGUACUACUACUCAGUGAGAAUCUUUGCUGGCCAGGAGCCCACUGGGGUGUGGAUCGGUUGGGUAACCCCCGACUACCACAUGUACGACCCCACCUUCGACCUCUCCAAGGUCCGGAACGUCACCUUAACCGUGGGAGACGACAAGGGCAACAUCCACGACAGUAUGAAGCAUAGUAACUGCUACAUGGUGUGGGGAGGAGACUUCGGCAACAGCUCCCAGCAGGCCAGGUUCAGCCAGGAGGACACUGUGGUUGGCUGCCUGGUCGACCUGGCAACAGGCCUCAUGACAUUCACAGCCAAUGGGAAGGAGAUAAACACCUUCUACCAGGUGGAGCCCAACACAAAGCUGUUUCCUGCUGUGUUCGUCCAGCCCUCCAGUCAGAACAUGGUACAGCUGGAGCUGGGGAAACUCAAGAACAUCAUGCCCAUCUCGGCAGCCAUGUUCCGUAGUGAGCGUAAGAACCCAGUGCCCCAGUGCCCACCCCGGCUGGACAUCCAGAUGUUGACCCCCGUCAUCUGGUCCCGCAUGCCCAACCACUUCCUGGACCCAGAGGUCGGCAGGGUCAGCGAGAGGCUGGGCUGGAUGGUGGAGUGUACCGAACCACUCACCAUGAUGGCCCUGCAUAUACCUGAGGAGAACAGGUGUAUUGACAUCCUGGAGUUAUCUGAGCGUCUGGAUCUACUGAAGUUUCACUUCCACACUCUGAUGCUGUACUGUGCUGUCUGCGCUCUGGGCAACAACCGUGUAGCACACGCCCUCUGCUCACACGUUGACGAAUCACAGCUCUUCUAUGCCAUGGAGAACACCUACCUGCCCGGCCCCCUUCGCAGCGGGUUCUACGACCUGCUGAUCUCCAUCCACCUGGAGUCAGCCAAGCGGGCACGGCUGGGCACCAACCGGGAGUUCAUUGUGCCCAUGUCCGCCGAGACGCUGAGCAUCACCCUGUACCCUGAUGCUGAGAAGGCCUCUGACCUACCGGGUGUGGGGUUAACUACCUGUCUUAGACCCAAGCUGCACUUCUCAGCCAUCAACUUUGUUGGGACGGAUCCCGACCUGUACACUCUCAGCCCUGUCUUCCCUCUUCAGGAACUGAAGACCAAAGCCAUCAGCAUGUUGACAGAGGCGGUCCUAGAUGGUAGCCAGGCUAUGAGAGACCCAGUAGGAGGCAGCGUAGAGUUCCACUUCGUCCCCAUCCUGAAGCUCAUCAGCACUCUCCUCAUCAUGGGCAUCUUCAACGAUGAAGAUGUUAAACACAUCCUCAAGAUGAUUGACCCAAAUGUGUUCGCUGGGAAGAAAGAGGAGGUGGAGGAGGGAGACAAGGCAGAGGAUGCUACCGCCAAGGAAGAGGGUGAAGAAGUGAAGGAGAAAGAAGAGGAGGAGGAGGAAGAGGAGGCAGAUGAUGAAGGAGUAGGGGAGGAGGAAGAAGAGGAUGAGGAACUGAAACACCUAAAGAAAGAAGAGGGGGAGGAGGAGGAGGAGGAGGGGGAGAAGGAACACGAGGAGGAAGAGAAGGAGAAAGAGGAAGAGGGGGAGAAAAAAGAGAUGACAGAAGAGGAGGAGGCAGCAGCGAUAGAGUUGGAGCUAGAGAAGGAAGAGGCGGCUUUGGAGGAGGGACUACUGCAGAUGAAACUGCCAGAGUCUGUCAAACUGCAGAUGUGUACGCUGCUGCAGUACUUCUGUGACUGUGAACUGAGGCACAGGGUGGAGGCUAUCGUGGCGUACUCAGAUCAGUUUGUCAACGCCAUUCAGACCAAUCAGAGGGUUCGCUAUAACCUGCUGAUGCAGGCCUUCACCAUGAGCGCUGCCGAGACCGCACGCAAGACACGAGAGUUCCGCUCCCCACCUCAGGAUCAGGUGAUCCUGCUGACCAACUUUAAGCAUGGUCCGGAGGAGGAGGAGUGUCCAGUACCGGAGGAGACCAGAGACACACUGACCGACUUCCACACUGACAUCCUUAUACAUUGUGGCGUGCACAUCGAGGCGGAAGAGGAGGAGGAGGAGGUGGACACCUCUCUGAGAGGGCGCCUUGGCCGGCUGAUGGGCAAGGUGAAUAACUUGAGGAAGAAAAAGGAGGUGGUGGAGGAGCCAGAAGAGGAGGAGGAGGUCAAACCCAGCACUCUCCAGGAGCUGAUCUCCCAUACCAUGAUCCACUGGGCCCAAGAGGCCUUCAUUCAGAACCCUGAGCUGGUGCGUCUGAUGUUCAGCCUGCUCCAUAGGCAGUAUGAUGGGCUGGGAGAGCUGACCAGAGCCUUGCCUAAAGCCUACGCCAUCAACGCUGUAUCUGUCCAGGAUACGAUGGACUUGUUGGAGUGCUUGGGCCAGAUCAGAUCUCUGCUCAUCGUGCAGAUGGGCCCCGAGGAGGAGAGGCUCAUGAUCCAGAGCAUCGGGAACAUUAUGAACAACAAGGUGUUCUACCAGCACCCUAACCUGAUGAGGGCUCUGGGGAUGCAUGAGACUGUCAUGGAGGUGAUGGUUAAUGUGCUGGGAGGAGGAGGAGAUUCCAAGGAGAUCCGGUUCCCCCAGAUGGUGACCAACUGCUGUCGGUUCCUGUGCUACUUCUGUCGUAUCAGCCGUCAGAACCAGAGGUCCAUGUUUGAUCACCUCAGCUACCUGCUGCAGAACAGCGGCAUCGGCCUAGGUAUGCGUGGCUCCACCCCUCUGGAUGUGGCUGCAGCGUCCUGUAUCGACAACAACGAGCUGGCCUUAGCUCUACAGGAGCAGGACCUGGAGAAGGUGGUGACGUAUCUGGCGGGCUGUGGACUACAGAGCUGUCCAAUGCUCCUGUCUAAGGGUUACCCUGACAUCGGCUGGAAUCCCUGUGGAGGAGAGAAAUACCUGGACUUCCUCCGCUUUGCCGUCUUUGUCAACGGAGAGAGUGUGGAGGAGAAUGCCAACGUGGUGGUGCGUCUACUGAUUCGUCGGCCGGAGUGUUUUGGCCCCGCCCUGAGAGGAGAGGGGGGUGCUGGUCUGCUGGCGGCAAUAGAGGAGGCCAUCAAGAUCUCAGAGGACCCAGCCAGGGACGGACCUACUGUCAAGAAGGACAGGCGGUUCCCCAUGUUUGGUGGUGAGGAGCAGCAGGAGGAGAACCGCGUCCAUCUUGGAAACGCCAUCAUGUCCUUCUACUCUGCCCUCAUCGACCUGCUGGGACGCUGUGCACCUGAGAUGCACUUGAUCCAGGCGGGUAAAGGUGAGGCUCUGAGGAUUCGGGCCAUCCUGAGAUCUCUGGUUCCUAUAGAAGACCUGGUGGGAGUCAUCAGUCUGUCUGUACAGAUACCUGACUACGGGAAAGAUGGUCACACCAUAGAGCCUAAGAUGUCUGCGAGCUUCGUCCCGGACCACAAGGCGUCCAUGGUGCUGUUCCUGGACCGUGUGUAUGGUAUCGACAACCAGGACUUCCUGCUUCAUGUGUUGGAGGUGGGCUUCCUGCCAGACAUGAGGGCUGCCGCAUCCCUGGACACGCUGGCAUUCAGCACCACAGAGAUGGCUCUGGCUCUGAACCGUUACCUAUGUUCUGCUGUGCUGCCCCUCAUCACCAAGUGUGCCCCUCUGUUCGCGGGCACCGACCACCGCGCCAUCAUGAUCGACUCUAUGUUGCACACCAUCUAUAGGCUGUCCCGCGGGCGAGCCCUCACCAAGGCACAGAGAGACGUCAUCGAGGAGUGCCUCAUGUCCCUCGUCAAGUACCUUCGACCUUCCAUGCUGCAGCAUCUGCUGAGGAAGCUGGUGUUUGACGUGCCAAUCCUCAACGAGUUUGCUAAGAUGCCUCUGAAGCUGCUGACCAAUCACUACGAGCGUUGCUGGAAGUACUACUGUCUGCCUAACGGUUGGGCCAACUUCGGGGCGUCGUCAGAGGAGGAGCUGCAUCUGUCACGGAAACUCUUCUGGGGAAUCUUCGAGUCUCUGGCACACAAGAAAUUCGAGGCUGAGCUGUUUAAGAUUGCCAUGCCAUGUAUCUGUGCCAUCGCUGGUGCCAUCCCUCCGGACUAUGUGGACGCCAGCUACUCCUCCAACACAGAGAAGAAGGCUUCGGUGGACGCUGAGGGAAACUUUGACCCCAAACCUGUGGAGACUACCAACACCAUUAUCCCCGAGAAGCUGGAUGCCUUCAUUAACAAGUAUGCAGAACACACUCACGACAAGUGGGCCUUCGAAAAGAUCCAGAACAACUGGUCGUACGGAGAGGUGCUGGACGAAAACACCAAGACCCACCCCAUGCUGCGUCCGUACAAAACCUUCUCUGAGAAGGACAAGGAGAUCUACCGUUGGCCCAUCAAGGAGUCCGUGAAGGCCAUGCUGGCCUGGGAGUGGACGAUGGAGAAGGCUCAAGCAGGGGAGGGAGAGAAGGUGGAGCUGAAGACCACCACACGGAAGAUCUCCCAGACUGCUCAGGCGACCUAUGACCCCAGCCACGGCUACAGCCCUUCGCCUGUGGACAUCACUGCCAUGGCGCUGUCCAGAGAGCUGCAGUCCAUGGCUGAACAGCUGGCUGAAAACUACCACAACACCUGGGGCAGGAAAAAGAAGAUGGAGCUGAUGGGAAAAGGUGGUGGUGCCCAUCCUCUGCUGGUACCCUAUGACACCUUGACGGCUAAGGAGAAGGCCAGAGACAGAGAGAAAGCCCAGGACCUUCUCAAGUUCCUGCAGCUCAACGGAUAUGCCGUCACGAGGGGCCUGAAGGACAUGGAGCAGGACAUCUCCUCCAUAGAGAAGAGGUUUGCCUAUGGUUUCCUCCAGAAGCUACUGAAGUGGAUGGAUAUUGCCCAGGAGUUCAUCGCCCAUCUGGAGGCUGUGGUUAGCAGUGGCAGAGUGGAGAAGUCUCCACACGAACAGGAGAUCAAGUUCUUUGCCAAAAUUCUCCUGCCGCUGGUUAACCAGUAUUUUAAGAACCACUGUCUUUACUUCCUCUCCACGCCUGCCAAGUUGCUGGGCAGUGGAGGCCACUCCUCCAACAAGGAGAAGGAAAUGAUCGCCAGUAUCUUCUGUAAGUUGGCAGCUCUGGUGAGACACAGAGUAUCUCUCUUUGGCCCUGAGCGAGAUGACAGAGCUGCUGUCUCCUCCGAUAACUAUAGUAACUACCGCCGGUGUACACCUGUAGCACCUGUCAAACCCCCAGUUGUAGCAGAGUGGGGGUCAGGGGUGACUCCGAGGCUGGACCCAGACACCAUCUCUAAACACGUCAAACAGAUGGUGGAUUCCAUCAUGAAGAACUACGACCUGAACCAAGAUGGAUACAUCUCUCUGGAGGACUUUAAGAAGAUAGCAGCUAACUUCCCCUUCUCCUUCUGCAACAAUGACAGUGACAGAGAGGGGGAGAUCAGUCUACAGCAGAUCAACUCCUACUUCAUGAGGGGGAUGUCCGUAUGUGCCAAACUAGGAUACAACUUCAAGAACGUUCACAACUUCCACGAGACCACGUACAAGCGACCCACCUUCUGUGACACUUGUGGAGGCUUUCUGUGGGGAGUCAUCAAGCAGGGCUUCCACUGUCGAGACUGUGGGGUAAACUGUCACAGACACUGCCAGGACCUGUGUGGGAUGCAGUGUGUGAAGAGAGACAGGGUGUAUGCUGGGUCCUGUCCCUCCACCCCUGCAUCAGCCCUCACUCCUGGCCCAGACGUCCUAACGAAGGCGAAAAGCUGGAGUUCUUCGGAAGACAACACAUUUGUUUUCCCCGGGGGUAACAGUAAUUGGGGUAACAACCGUAAUAGGAGGGACUUGGACCGGUCCACUCUGUGUAACGGAGGUGACUCAUCGCUCUCGGACCGGUCCACCCAGACAGACCCGGGGUUGUGGAUGCCUGUGAGUGUGGACAAGAAGGGAAACCAGCAAGUUCUCCCUACAGAGAGAGACAGGGGCUGUACUGUGACUCCCCAGAGAUUCCUUGGCUCCUCCAUGCCCGCCUCCUUCCUGCAGGAGAAGAUGGAGGAACUCAACUUGAUCAGAGAUAAGAGCAGAGAACCCGACUGAGCUGGGACACUGGAUACACACACACACGGACGGACGGACACACAAAGACACACACACGGACACACACACACGAACGGACCGACGGACACACACAGAUACACACGGACGGACAGACACACACACACACGGACGGACAGACACACACACGGACGGACACACACACAAACUCAUACACACCCAGACAUCAAAUAAACUGGGUUUGUGUGGGCCGCGUUUGAGCCAAUGGGUGUUUCUCAAUAUGCAUCCUACCGCGCUCCACACUCUCAACCUCAAGAGAAAGUACUCAGGAGCACGAGUGUGGAGCGCGGAUGCAUAACACAUAAAACUUUCCAUUUGAGAAGCACUUCCCCUCUACUGUAUUACCUCACGCUGCACCUCCCCAGUCACAGACCCUUCUUCCAGCCAGGACGAUGACCACAAUAGACGAAGAUAUACACAAAGCUAACUUUUACUUCAUAAUUAUCAGCUAGAUAUAUGUGAAUCGUUGUAAUCGAGCUAGCUAGUUAAACAGGAAAAAAAUUAACAGAAACUAAUGCUAUGCAAAGUACAGUCGAUGUCAGUUCUUUGUGGCUAGCCAGUUUGCCCUAUUGAUUUUCUAUGGACUUCUUCUAACCAGGAUAAUGGCAAUAGAGACGAAACAAGAUAUACACGAAGUCGAUGUCAGUUCUUUGUGGCUAGCCAGUUUGCCCUAUUGAUUUUCUAUGGACUUCUUCUAACCAGGAUAAUGGCAAUAGAGACGAAACAAGAUAUACACGAAGCAAAUGUUUUACUUCGUAACUAUCGUAACUAUCAUAACAUUCAUAACUAUGCUUGCUGUCUGGGGGUUUUAAGCUAGGUUUCUGUACAUAACUUUGUGACAUCAGCUGAUGUAAGAAGAGCUUUAUAAAUACAUUUGAUUUGAUUGCUAUCUGUUUAUCGUAAUAAUGUAGCUAACCAGAUAGAAUAACAGGCAACAAAACGACAUAAACCAAUGUUAUCAAAAGGUAGAUGUCGAUUCAUCGUGGGCAGCAAAGCUAACAAUUAUUUGUGGCUCUCUGGCAAGCUAACAGUAGUAGCUAGCCAGUUAGCUCCAUUACGACCUCCACUACAGUGGGUACUGUAGGUAGGUAACCAUGCCAAAAUGGGCUGUAUUUAUUAACGUAGCAAAAUAUUGUAGUCAAGCAACAUAUGUGAUGUGAUUAGCUAACAUUUAAAUACCCGAGUCGCAUUGUAUUUUCUCUCGCUUCAGCUCAAAUAAUGUCAGCCAUUGAUUUUAAUCAAAUUUGUGUAAUUUUUUUUAUUUUAUUAUAAAAUGUGUUUGCAUCAUAAUUCUUUACUUUCUGUUGAAGCUUACAUCGAUGCAUGCUUCAAAAUAUGUACAAACGGAGGACACGCACUCGAGAAGUGCCCUCCAUGCACUGUUUCAUAUACUUUGAUUUGGGACUCAUUCUCCGACCCUCCUCUGCUACGGUAUUAUGGACUUUGAUAAACACCCAUUGAUUCAACCAGUUUUUUUAUUUUUUCGCCCCAGUGGUUUUCCUGAUCAUUUUCAAGUAGAGUUCAUGUCCUUAUUUUUUGGUUUUCUAAAUAUAUAUAUACAGUGUAUUCUAACUGUUAUGUGAUGUGUGAUGUAUUUUUUUAAUUUCUGAACAUUUCUGUGGUGCUAAGCUCUUUUCUUCAACACCAGGGCUGAAUCCUAAAUGGCACCCUAUUCCCUAUCUAGGGCACUACUUUGAUCACUAUUCCCUAUCUAGGGCACUACUUUGAUCACUAUUAGAUCCCUGGUCAAAGGUAUUUUUAAUUUUUCUUUUAACUAGACAAGUCAGUUAAGAAAAAUUCUUAUUUUC